AUGAGACGCACCACGCCACGCUCGUCGGACAACUCACCGCCGCCGGCGAAAAAUCCAAAGAUUGUUGCUGCUGACAACGCGCAAGAGGAGACUCCGAAAGCGGAGGCUGAAAUUGAAAUAUUGUCGACGAAAGUGAACGGCAAGCUUGUCGAAACCGAUAAUGAACUUCUCGAUGCCAUCGCCGAGCAGUUGAAGAAACGCCAGGUCGAAUUGGCGAUGAAAGCCAAAGAAAAGAAAUCGAAAGAGUCACUGGAUGAUGAGGAGCAGUCGAACGAAUCGGAUGUGAUUCCGAUCGAAAGCGAAGAACGAUCCUCAGAGAACAAGGACGACGAUGAAGGUACCAGUUGA